AUGAGUGGAAAACCUAGUAUCGAUCAUGAGUCGACAAAGGAGCGUAUAAUCACCGACUCCAGAUCUGAGGAUUCGGAGCAGCAGAAAUACAGCAGUGACAACGAUUUACUGCUCUCUCUGAAGGAGAAGAAUGAAAAGGUGUCCCAACUUGCAGAGGAGUAUAACAUAAACCACAAGAAGUUGAUGUGGAAAAUCGACUUGUGUGUUGUUCCUCCUUUCUGCUUGUUAUACUUCCUUGCGUUCUUGGAUAGAGUCAACAUCUCAAAUGCCAAGGUUUACGGAAUGGAGCGUUCGUUGGACUUGUCGAGUAACCAGUUUUCGGCCGCUCUUACUGUCUUUUUUGUUCCUUACAUUAUUUUUGAGAUCCUUUCCAACUACGUCUUGAAGAUUGUCAAACCACACUUGUGGUUGAGUUGCAUGAUUCUCUUGUUUGGUGUUGUGACAAUUUGCAUGGCCUAUUCAAGAAACUACGGCGGUUUGAUUGUCUGUAGAUUGUUUUUGGGUAUCUUCGAAGCUGGUUCUUUCCCGUCAAUCUUCUACAUCAUGGCAAACUUUUACUCGUCCGCGGAAUCCCAAAGAAGGUUCUCUUUCUUUUUCAGUUGCACUUGUCUAGCAGGUGGUUGUGCAGGUGCCUUGGCAUACAGAAUCCAUGACUUGAAUGGAAAGUACGGGUUGGAAUCAUGGCAAUGGAUUUACAUAAUUGAAGGAGCAUUCACAGCUGGUUUGGCACUUGUCUUAUACUUUGUUGUUCCAGAUUUUCCUGAAGAGUGCAGAUUCUUGAAGACACACGAGAAGAGCUUUUUGAAAAAGAAGUUGGAGAUUUAUUCCGGUAACUCAGGUUACGAAAUCAAACAAACAUGGAAAGAUGUUGGUAAGGUUUUCAAAGACCCUAUAAUUUACAUUUGCGCAGUAUGUUACUUCUGUUUCAUUGUCCCUGCCUACUCAUAUGCAUUCUUUGCGCCUACAGUUAUUGGAGAGCUCGGCUACACAGCAAUGGAAGCUCAAAGACAUUCCAUCUACCCAUGGCUUGCAUCCAUGGGUUUCAGUAUUAUCAUAGCAUUCGUGUCAGACUACUUCUACUCCAGGCUCCCGUUUGCAAUUUUAGCUACCUUGAUAUCCAUCACCGGGUUUGGUAUGUUGAUUGGUGCUACCGAUCAACCGCUUGUAAAAUACGGUGGAUGCUUCAUGCUUGCUGCCGGGUUAUAUACCGCCAUGCCAAUUUUGAUCUGCUGGGUUUCCUUGAACUUUUCAGGACACACGAGAAAGAGUGUCGGUACUGCCUUUAUUAUCGGAUUCGGCAAUAUUGGAGGUAUUGUUUCUUCUUUCUUAUUCCCAAACCACGAGGCUCCACAUUACACAAAGGGCUUGAGUAUCGGCUUGGCCUUUACGGUUUUCGCUCUUAUCAUGCUUCUGGUUUACUGCUCUUUCCUAGCUUACAGAAACAAGAGGAAGCAGCGCCAAGAAUAUAAAAAUGAGUGGGAUAGCCUUGACUCAAGAGAACAAAUCAUGAGAGGAGAUUUGAACCCCGACAUCAAAUACCUUUACUAG